GGGUCUCCUGGAAGAGAGCAAACGUUCGCCAUGUGAUUUCUGAUGCUGCAUGUGCACACAGGUCCUCUUUCAUGCAUGAAAAGCAUUGAAGAGACUCGGUUGGUGUUUCCUAGUGCCUAGCGUGGGCGGGAAAUGACCUCUCCUGGAGACAAAAACAGCACAUGCAGAGCUGACAACGCAUCACAGAUUUCAGUCAUUCCAGAAUCCGCACCAAGUGCACAAAUACACUCUUCCAGGCUCGGACAUAUUAACUUUCGACGCAUAAUGGCACCCGCUCGGCGUGAUGCUUACCGGUCUGCAGGACGACCACGCGGGGGCGACACAAAAGUUCAUAGAGCACAGGAAACAUGCAUGAAGUGCGC